AGAUCGGUGUGCUGUGCUGUGCAUAGUUGUGUGUGAAGUUUGCAUGGUCUGCACGGUGUGUGUGCGGGGGCCCGCAGGGUGAGGGAGUGCACGGCUCGGCUCGGCUCGGCUCGGCGUGUCCCUGUGCCGGGCUGAGCUUGCACGCCGGCUCUGUGCUUUGCACGGUUCCUCCAGCAGGUUUCCGCUUCCUCUGUGUGUGAGGAGCCGGAACCCGUCGCCUGGCCCCGGGACUGGAGCCGCCGCCAUGGCCGACAAGCUGCACCGCUCGGCGCCGGGCGCCGCUGCCAGACCCGUGCACAUGAACCUGUUCGCCACCUGGGAGAUCGACCGCUCCUCGCCCAGCUGCGUGCCCAGGUUGUUCAGCCUGACCCUGAAGAAGCUUCUGGUACUGAAGGAGUUGGACAAAGAUCUCAGCUCGGUGGUGAUCGCUGUGAAACUGCAGGGCUCCAAGAGGGUUCUGCGCUCGAACGAGAUCCCACUCCCGGCCAGCAGCAUGACGGAGACAGACCUGCAGCUAACGUUCUCCCUUCAGUAUCCCCACUUCCUGAAGCGAGAUGCCAACAAGCUACAGAUCAUGCUGCAACGGAGGAAGAGGUACAAGAACCGGACCAUCCUGGGCUAUAAGACGCUGGCCGUGGGACUCAUCAAUAUGGCUGAGGUCAUGCAGCAUCCCAGCGAAGGAGGGCAGGUACUCGGUCUCCAUAGCAACAUCAAGGAAGCCUCGGUUCUUGUUGCUGAAGUGAGGAUUUACUCCUUGUCCAGUCAACCAAUUGACCACGAGGGCCCCAAACUGAAGAUGUCAGAUCGAUCCCCGGACAUCGAUAAUUAUUCAGAGGACGAAGACGACAGCUUCUCAUCAGAACAGGAAGUCAGCGAUGACCCGAUACAUGGGCAGGAUAUAUUUUUCGAAGAUGAGGAUCUCGCGAAACGCAAGAAGCCACGGAGGAAGCUGCCAAAUUCCUCAGGCAUCUCUCGAGCUGGAAUGAGCAAUCAGCAAAAUAUUAAGCAGAAGUUCGUGGCUUUGCUCAAGAGAUUCAGAGUCUCCGACGAGGUGCUCGCUCUGGAGAACGUGUCCACUGAGCAGAUCCAGGAGGUGGAGGAGGACCUGGACUUGUUGUACGACAGCCUGGAACUGUACAACCCAAGCGAUAGUGGCCCCGAGAUGGAGGAGACGGAGAGCGUCCUCAGCACCCCCAAGCCGAAGCUGAAACCCUUUUUCGAGGGAAUGUCUCAGUCCAGCUCCCAGACGGAGUUCGGGAGCCUGAACAGUAAAGGGAGCCUGAGCAAGGAACUCGCCAGCCCGCUGGAGGCGACACCAAGUGAGAAGCUCCGAGCGUCUCGUGUCAAGCUCACGGAGGAUGUGGCGUCAGAGUCCGAAAUCCCGGAGUUGACGGACCAGGAGACGUUUGGGGAGCUCAAUCCUACUGGGUCAAAUCUCGAUAAAUCCAAGCCACUGACAAAAAGCAGCAAAUCAGAGACUCAGAUCCUUGCUUCACCCAGUAAAGCCGAAGCUUCCCACACUCCAAAGCACAGGAGGACUCCACUGAAGGAUCGGCAGGUAUCGCGGGCACAGAACGAGAGGGCGAACAGCUCCGACAGCGAGAGAUCACCAGAACUCAGCAUCCAGGUCCCUCGUAAAGUGGUUUACGAUCAGCUGAACCAAAUCCUGUCAGCAUCUGAAAGCAGCGUGCCGGAGACAGUCAUCAUGGUGAGCACCGUGGACUGGCAGGGGCAGUACGUUUCAGAGCUCCUCCUUGAACAGAAGAAAGCUAUCGUCUGCACGUGCUCCAUGAUAGAGGUUCAGACCUCCCUCUCUGCCAUCCUCACCAGGAUACAGCGCUACUGUAACUGUAACGCCCAGAUGCCACGGCCGGUAAAGGUGGCCGCCAUCGGGGGGCAGAGUUACCUCGCUGCCAUCUUGCGCUUCUUCGUGGAGCAGCUCGCCAACAAAACCUCGGACUGGCUCAACUACCUGCGGAUCCUCGUCAUCCCACUGGGGCUUCACCCUGUUGCCAAAUACAUGGCAUCCCUGGACAGCAAGUACAACACCCUCUUCCUGGACUCUGCGUGGAGUGAGCUGUUCAGCAAAUUGGAGCAACCCAGUAUAGAUCCAUUGGAUGUGGUUGGGCGGAUUAUGCAGUACAUAUCUGGUGCACAGGUGACUCACCAGCUCCCGAUUGCCGAGGCCAUGUUGACCUGCAAGCAUAAAAGCCACGAAGAUGAUUCCUAUCAGAAGUUUAUUCCAUUUAUUGGCGUUGUGAAAGUUGGGAUCAUCGAACCAUGCCCCUCCACUUCAGCAGCAGCCGAGCCAGAGGACACGAUGACACCUGUGAGCUUUGUCCCCUCCACGUCCCCUCCCCACAGUACAAGCUCUGCACAUGUCAAAGAGGCUCUGUCCACACCCCCCUCCUCCCCAUCCAUGAGUGGUGUCCUCUCCUCAACGAGCCCGGGCGGCGGGGAAGCCAUGGGUCUGCAGGUGGACUACUGGCUCUCGCAGUCAGUGGAGCGGCGGAAGGAAGGAGAGAAGCGGGACGCUAAUGCUAAGAACACAUUGAAGAGCGCCUUCCGCUCGGUUCAGGUCAGCCGGCUGCCGAAUGGCGGGGAGCUCACACCCUCUGUUACCAUGUCCAUGACUGUGGUCACCAAAGAAAAGAACAAGAAAGUGCCAACGAUAUUUUUGAGCAAGAGACCAAAGGAUAAAGAGUUGGACUCGAAGAGUCAGGUCAUCGAAGGCAUCAGUCGCCUGAUCUGCUCAGCAAAACAGCAGCAACAGAGCAUGUUGAAAGUCUCCAUCGAUGGGCUGGAUUGGAAUGACGUUAAGUUUUUCCAGCUGGCAGCUCAGUGGCCAACUCACGUGAAGCACUUCCCCAUCGGACUCUUCUCCUACAGCAAGCCCGGCUGCUAGCUCAUUGCAGAGAGAACGGCUGCACGAGUGCUCGGGACGUCUGCUCUGCAAACUCUCAGCUGCCAGGAGAACACUUCCGACUGGAAAUUCAAACCAAUGCUAAGCCGCCUGGUUUCUGAAAUGAAUGUCGUAGCUGGCGAGCUGUGUAGAGAGCAGCUUUUAUUCUCGUAGUGUGUCUGUGUCAGUCCCAGUCUGUCUGUGGUCACCCCCUCCGUGUCUGUGGUCACCCCCUCCGUGUCUGUGGCCACCCCAUCUGUUUUGCCCAUCUUCCCACUCCCUAAACUGUGGACGCCAUCCAAAUGUAUCUGUGAAGCAGGAAUCACUCCCUUUCCUUUCUCUCUCUUUUGUUGACAGAAUGCUACAAAAGGCAUCUUAGCUCCAGAUGCAACAGAUCAAGGGUCCACCCCUCCUCACCCACCCUUCCCCUCUCCACCACCAGACCCAGUUUCUUCAGUGCUGAGGAGGAUCAUUCACUCUCAGAAGUGGAACACUUUAGAGGGACCUUUACUCUGUAUCUACCCCAUUGCUUGCCCUGCCUAGGGUGUGUGUGGCAGGACGGUACAGAGGGAGCUUUACUGUGUCCAACCUGGGCUGUCCCUACCUCAGCACUGCAUGUCAGGGCUGUGUGGAGGGAGCUUUGUUCUGUGUCUAAGAUGUGCUAACCCUGUCUGGGGAUUGUGUGACGGGACAGUGUAGAGGGAGCUUUAUUCUGUACCUAACUCAGUAAGGGGGUGAAAGGUUUUUGUGGGUAAAUGGGAAUGUGGAGUUGAGUGUCAGUCAGAUCAGCUGCGAUCUUUUUAAAUGGAGGAGCAGGUUUGAGGUGCUGUUUGACAUACCCUACUCCUAAUUUGUAUCUUCCUGAAAGUGUUUAAUGGGACUGAGUAAAGAGGGGGGGUUACUGUGUAUCUAAUCUGUUGUGUCCCUGCCAUGGGACUAUGUUACAGUACAGUGUGGAGGGAGCUUUACUUGUGGUUUAACCCACACUGUGGCUGCCCUGGGAGUGUGUAAUGGGAUAGUAGAGGGAGCUUUAUUCUGGAGCUGACCCAUGCUGAAACUGUCCAGGAGUGUUCAAUAAUAUAAUGUAAAAUAAGCUGUGUGUGUGUGUGUGUGUGUUCAGAGAAUAACGGCAGCAGUACAGGGGAUAAAGAACAAAUACUGAGGAGAAGGGAGAGCAGAUCCUGUCCUGUCAGAUGAAGCCCUUCUCCUCUGCUUCCUGUUGUGCCCAAAGUCUUGUGUUCCUGGUAAUGUUCUGCUUCAUGUUGUAAAUAGUGAAUUUUGUCCUCGUUGUUUUGAACGUUUGUGUACUGUGGGUGGCAUAAGCCACAUGUCAGAUCCUGACAGAUGUAGAAAAGGGGAAGUGCCAGGCACUGCCAUUAGAUCAAGGAGGAGCUGCCCAAAACACAGCAGGUAACUAGUCUGCAAUGAGGGAAGGCCUGGGUCCAUCCUUGGCCUGGGCAAAAUAGCCAGUUGCAGCUGUGGGUAAGGUAAACCAACCAGGGUUCCUGCCUCUGUUGACUGCCCAGUGAUCAGAAAUCACUGCGCCCCCUUUGAUCCUAGUGGACUGUGUAUGAAUAUCUGCAUUUUGGAAUUAAUUUUUUUAAAAACUUAUGUAUAAAAGUUGGUUCAAAGAGUGGAGAGCAGUUGAAUGCACGAGCACAUUAACAAAUGGUGGUGCGCUUUACUUUUACUUGGAGGAGUUCAGCAGGGCAGUAUCUACUGUCGCCAUCCAUUAUGUAUGACCGUGAGAGCGGGAGAGUGGAUUCUGGUUCAGCCACGAGGCUUCCUACAGUUGAACAACCAGACUUGAUUGUCUCCAUGAUGUUGAAAUGACCCCUUGAUUGCAAACCUCUGCAAUCCGUACCCCUGAUGAGAAUUGGCACCUCUGAGAGAUGGUGAGGAAGGAUGCAGAGGUGCGGAAGGAUCUUAGGGGUGGAGGUGGGGGGUCCUCUGUUUAGUCUUCCUUCCCACAUUGCAACCAGAAUUACAUGGGAAUCCUCUAGGCUCAGGCCAUCCUGAGGACCAGUAAACUCUCACAUCAGUCAGGCAUCAAAGGAAGAAGAUGGUCAUGGCUUCAAAGCACAUUCCAGUGCAGAACACCUUUCAACCCAUCGUGUCUGUGCCAGCUGUUUUAAAGAGCUCUUCAAUAAGCCUCAGUCCCUGCAGUCUUGAUGCUUUUUCCUCAAGUAUUUAUUGACUUCCAUUUUGUAAAUUUCUAUUAAACGUGCUUCCAUUCUCCCUUUGAUUCCUUGGGGACAGUGUACAAUUGUCUCUGUGUAAUUUUUUUGUGCUUCCUCUGUCCUUGCCUCCGUUGAGCUAUUAACAGCAGGCCUGUUAUGUGUUCGGAGAGAGUGUGUGUGAUGUGUUCCUUCGGUGAGGGUCUCCGUUCUGUGUCUUUUGCUUCAAUAUAUUAAAGUAUUACAAUUUUUUUCUAUCCAAAUAAAAUCCUGCUAAUAUGAAA